UCCACAUUUCCUUGCCAUUUCCAAUUUAUGUAUGUUUUUUGUUUGGAGCUUAAUUUUGGAAGUUCAAUUAGCUUUUUUUCAACCUUAAUUUUGAAAGCUGAAUUGUCAUCAUUUUUCCUGCUCGUAUUGCUGACAAAUUCUAAUUCGUUUUUAGGUGCGAAAUAAUGUUGAAAUUUUACGAAUUAAGUAUAACUGGAAGGGGUUUGUUUAAUUAGGGUUCCUGUAUGAGCAGAUAGAAGAUUAGGGGUGCAUAUGGAUUACUGUGUGAAGAUUAAGAAAUUAGUUCAGUUUGAGAAAAGGAAAUGGGUGUUCUUGGUGGGUUUGGUUGGUUUGACUCAUUUGUUUUGUCAGUCUUUGAUGCUUCCGUACGGAAAUGCCCUAUUGUCUCUGUUACCCGACGACAAGAGCAGCGUAGUUGUGACCGCUGAGGAUGACGAUUCUUCUGUUAAGAUUUCGAUUGUUGAGAAUCUUGGUACACUUGCUGCCUCAAAUCUCGACAGUCAAUCUCUAUUGGUCCGGAGAGUGACGAGCACUGUGGGGAGAGAUAUUGGAAAUGACGACGACAAGGGAUCAGUGGGAACAGACAAUCAAGAAAAGAUGAAUCCUGAUCCGGACAUGGAUGAUGAUGACGAUUUCGAUUUUGUCGAGGAUGAAACCUUAGUUAAUAAUUCGAAUAAUGUCGACAUGGAUAAAGAGGGUUCCGUGAUGCAAAUUGAGAUAAGCCAACAGCACGAGUCUCUGUCACAAAUUGGGGAACAAGGUGAUAAUAUCAUGAAAAAUAUUUCUGUUAUUCAGCUUGCAAAGGAAAGUCCCGGGGUUGUGUUAGAUUCUGAAACUAGUGAGAUGAAGGAUAAAAACGUGAAAGGUGGUUCCGUUACUUCAUCCCCAUUGUUGAUUGAAUCUCAAGUAAGCACCACCUCAUCUGCCGAGGGCCAUAUUUUGAUGGUAAAUAAUAAGCUUUCGGAUUCGACCAAUGGUUCGUCUGUGAAAAAGAAGAUGAGGUGUGAUAUGCCACCUAAAACGGUGACACCUGUAAAUGAGAUGGAACGGAUAUUAGUCCGCAAUCGUGCUCGUUCACGUGCCAUGAGACCAAGAUGGUCUUCUGAGCGUGACCAGGAAAUCUUAACUGCAAAGUUAAAGAUCGAAAGUCCUCCGAUUUUGAACAAUGAUCCCGAAUUAUAUGCUCCGUUAUUUCGAAAUAUUUCCAUGUUCAAAAGGAGUUAUGAGCUAAUGGAACGGGUGCUGAAGGUAUACGUAUACAAGGAGGGUGAAAAGCCUAUCUUUCAUCAACCUAUACUAAAAGGAUUAUACGCAUCCGAGGGAUGGUUUAUGAAACUUAUGGAGGGUGGGAAUAAACGUUUUCUUGUCAAAGAUCCAAGAAAGGCUCAUCUCUUUUAUAUGCCUUUCAGUUCAAGGAUGCUAGAAUACACACUCUAUGUGCGUAAUUCCCACAACCGAACAAACCUUCGUCACUAUUUGAAGGAUUAUUCUGAAAAGAUUGCAUCCAAAUAUCGUUUCUGGAACCGAACUGGCGGAGCAGAUCAUUUUCUCGUCGCCUGCCAUGACUGGGCUCCAUACGAGACGAGGCACCACAUGGAACAUUGCAUUAAAGCACUCUGCAAUGCUGAUGUCACCGGGGGUUUCAAAAUAGGAAGGGACGUAUCUCUCCCCGAAACAUACGUCCGCUCUGCAAGAAACCCUCUUCGAGAUCUCGGAGGAAAGCCGCCUUCACAAAGAAGCACACUCGCCUUCUUCGCCGGAAACAUGCAUGGCUAUCUUCGUCCAAUCCUGCUCAACCAUUGGACAGAUAAAGAUCCCCGCAUGAAAAUACUCGGACCAAUGCCGCCAGGUGUCGCAAGCAAAAUGAACUACAUCCACCAAAUGAAGAAUAGCAAGUACUGCAUCUGCCCUAAGGGAUACGAAGUCAACAGCCCGAGAAUAGUCGAAUCCAUCUUUUACGAGUGCGUGCCGGUUAUCAUUUCCGAUAAUUUUGUACCGCCGUUCUUCGAGGUGUUGAAUUGGGAUGCAUUUUCGGUGAUUAUUGCGGAGAAAGACAUUCCGAAUUUGAAAACCAUACUCGUUUCCAUACCGGAGAAGAAGUAUCUCGAUAUGCAACUCAAUGUCCGGAAAGUUCAGAAACAUUUUCUUUGGCAUGCGAAGCCAUUGAAGUACGAUCUCUUCCACAUGACACUUCAUUCCAUCUGGUAUAAUCGAGUUUUUCAAAUUAAAAGCAGGUAACAUUAUCAAAACUAUUGAGUAACAAGAGUUUGUUCAGUUAUUCGACUUCUUUAUCGAGUAGCUCUGGUUCAAGAGGACCGACGAAGUCAAUCAUCUGCACUAGUUUCCUGUAAAUAUAUCUUAUCGUGUUUGUGACUUUGUGAUAUUAAUUGUCGAAUGUUUUUGAAUACUUGAAACAUAGAAGAACUUUUAAGAAACAAUGUUAGUAUAUAAAUGUUAUUUUGAUUUGUUAGUA